GCCAACGUCCCCUUGUGAGAGAGUGUGGGCCUGUGUCUGCUUUCACUACGACUCAACAGACGACAAAAGAGGACCGAAAUAUGCUCUCCAUAAGCGGGACACGGGCUUAUUUCCGUUGACUUUUUAGAGCAAGUUCCUGAUUUGAACUGCGCUGAAGUUUGAGACAAACUUUUUUUUUUAAAAAGAGAGUGAGACAUAAAAGCAGAGACAAGUCGCGCAGGUGGUAGAGCACACGUUGACCGGGGAACCAGAUCACAUCCAGACUCACCAUCCAGACCUUCUCGUCUCACCUGAGCCCGACAACAACAUGAACAUGUCCGUGGAGAGUUACUCUGCGCUGGAUGAGUCCGCUCUCCGAGCCCUGCUGGAUGGAACCGUGGAUCUGGACGAGAGGCGCCUCAUCCGUUCAGCCAUCCGGGAGUUGAGGAGGAGGGAGAUCGAGGACAUGGAGGCCGCUUUGGCCAGCAAGAGAUUUCGGCCCACACGCCUCAAACAGCAGGAGGACAAGGAGAACCAGCACAGGUCUGAAUCCAGCGACAACUUAGACGUCCUCUCACAAAAACUGCAAUCAAUCCAGGAUGUCGAUGAGCUCACGAAAAUGCUCCGCGCCGCCAGCGAGUAUGAGGAGAGGAAGUUGAUCAGAGCCGCCAUCCGACAAAUCCGAGAUGAGCAGCAGCCAGGGACUGUGGAGCGCGGUAAAGCUCUGGGUCGCUGUCUGGAGCCUGAGAACGUCGAGCCCCAGAGCAGCAUGGGAACUGGGGAGACAGAGCGGGAGAGUCACAGUGAGCGAGAGAAAGUCAGAUCUCAGAUCCGGGAGUUACGUGGCCAACAGACACAACAAAGCAGAGAGCUGCAGAGAAUAGGCUCCAACUCAGGCAUGGUGUUGGUUCUCGAUCACCUGGUGAAGGACGAUGGUCCUGGACCUCUGCUGAUCCAGCCUCAGAGAGAGGCUGUGACCACAGAGCCAGACCUGCUCCUGUCUCACCGCCAAAGGUCCGACUCCUCAGCUUCAGACCGCAGCGUGACCUCUGGGACUUCCAGGUCCAAUCUUGAUUCUGUGGCCUCAGAGAAGAGUCUGGGCUCAGCCUUCAGAGCCCGGCUGGACUCUGGAGCCUCAGACAGGAGCCAGAGUCCCUCUCAGCGUGGUCGGCUGGACUCUGGGGCGUCCGAGCGAAGUGUCAGCUCCCUGUCCUACGUCAGACAGAGACUGGGCUCAGAUGUCUCCGACUCCGGCGUCAGACCCCGUUUGGGCUCUGGAUCCUCAGACAGUAUUGGGCUUUUGUCACGGAAACGGACUGACUCAGGGACAUCUGACGCCAGCGUGAGUAUGUCCUCUGAGGAGAGGGGUCCAGUAGAGGAGGUGGAGGUCGUCACCAGCGGUUCAACUUACAGCACAGAUUCAGAAACCGAGAGCGGAAGCCAAGUUCCAGCGAGCCUCCAGGAUCUGUCCAGCCAGGACCGCAUCAUUGACCAGGAGCAGCCUGAUGGGGCUGUUUUAUCUCGCAGGGAGCCUGCAAAUGGCCUGCUCAACGGCAGCGCCAAGGGAACAAUCGACUUCCAGAAACAAAAGAUGACAAUUAACAGUGAUGGCAAAGCAAAGGAUUCUGCACCUGAGAAGAAAGAUGUCAUAUUGGAACAAUUCAACCGCACCAACUCUGUGCGUGAUCGAAUGCGCAAGUUCACAGAACCCAGCCAGAGCCCUAAUGUCCCAGCUUUAAAGAAAGCUCCCCUGAGGAACGGCACCACCUCCGGCAGCAGCAGCGGGCAGACAAAUCUCUCCAGAGCCACUGAGCUGUUUACACACACAGCAGCAUCCCUCAGCACAUCUGGAGACAGGCCAGCAAGGCCACGUGUGGACUCCCCAUCUCGCACCUCCGCUGCAUCCCAGAUUCAGGCCGUACCUCAGCCAAGAGGCGUGGCUAGCAAACCUCUGUCUUCAGCUGGCCAAUGGCAGAACUCCAUGGGUGGGACAAGACAUCCAGCUGAAAAAGAUGUGCAUGCCUCCAGUAACUCAAAGGAGGACAGGACCCCAGGGAGAGCAGCUGGACAGCAGGUCACCCAGGGAGAGGCAGACCCGGACAUGAAAACUUUCCUCACCAUCGAGAUCAAGGAUGGGCGCACCACCCCCUCCUCCACGUCCGCUACUAGGGGCAACAUCGUCCCCAUCACCAACAUGACCCCGCGCAUCACCUCUAAUGCUCUGGGACAGAGAGCAGAGUUGACCCUGGGCCUCAGAGCUACACCGUUUAAGGUCUCCUCAUCCAGCCUCUCCUCCGGAUCCUCCAUCAAGAUGGAGACAGAGCCUGUCGUGGCUUCUGAGCCGGUGUUUUCCGCUGGACCCUCUGCCCAGGUGGCGUGUCACGUCCCGGCCAUCCCCAACGGCUCCAGUACUCAGGCCAAACUUGAGGAGCGCUCCGGGAAACUGACUGCCGAACAGCUGGCUGCUAUUGAGGACGAAGAGCUCCUCGACAAAAUGCUCGAUGAGUCAAAAGACUUUGAGGAGAGGAAGAUGAUCCGUGCAGCCAUGAGAGACCUUCGCAAGAGAAAGAGAGAGGUCAUGCUGGGAUGUACUCAGGAGGAAAUAGGUAUUGCAGAUCAGAGAGAAAAGGAGCGCGAGACCCGUCUGCAGGAGCUCCGGCAGCAGAGAGAAGAGCGAACACAGAAAGGCCGCGCUGGAGUCGGAGCAGGAGAGAUGGUGAUGAGGAAGGUGGAGAAAUCAGCGGACGGCUCCAGCCUCAGCCAGGUCACCAAGACAGACCGCUUCACUUCAUCUGAUGAUGGGAGCAGAUCGACACGCAGCACUGUUGUCGAGUCCAGUUACGUGCAGAAAACAGACAGAGGGACCGUCCAGUCAAAAUCAUACAGCUACAGCUCUUCCACAUCCUCCUCCUCCUCUAACGCAAGCAAAAAAGUGGGCAGUGUUUUCGAUCGCGAGGAUGACACAUCGUCUCGCAGCGGAAGCAGCGGAUUGGCCGCAGUGGAGCGAAGGCAGGCGGAGAGACGCAAGGAGCUGAUGAGAGCUCAGACUCUGCCGAAGACCUCUGCCAUGUCGGCCCGCAAGGCAAUGAUAGAGAAGCUGGAGAAGGAGGGAGGCGGCCCUGGAAAUCAGGCGGUCGCCAAGGUAAACAAGGUCCAGCGUUCCACCAGCUUUGGUGUACCCAACGCAAACUCCAUAAAGCAGAUGCUGCUCGACUGGUGCCGUGCCAAGACCCGCUCCUAUGAGCACGUGGAUAUUCAGAACUUUUCAUCCAGUUGGAGUAACGGCAUGGCGUUCUGUGCCCUGGUGCACAAUUUUUUCCCUGAAGCCUUUGACUACAGCGCCCUCAGCCCCAGCAACCGCAGGCAAAACUUUGAGGUGGCCUUCAGCACUGCAGAGAAACUUGUGGACUGUCCCCAGCUGUUGGAUGUGGAGGACAUGGUGAAGAUGCGCGAGCCGGAUUGGAAGUGUGUGUAUACGUACCUGCAGGAGUUCUACAGGGGUCUGGUGACGAAGGGCCUGGUUAAAACCAAAAACUCCUCCUAGAGUCGCACAACACCUAAAACUGAACCCAUGGACCUACGCCAACUGCAUGCCUUUGCUGGAAGUAGAGGACAUGAUGAUCAUGGGUAACAAACCAGACUCAAAAUGCGUCUUCACCUACGUACAGUCUGUGGUCAACCACCUGCGCAGAUACGAGAUGUCCAUGGGUCGGCCCUGUGACCUCUGACCUGUCCCCGGCUCCAUCUUCACCUGAUGACCGCCUCCACGCUGACAGGACGUGUCACAGAGUCGCUCAUCUCUGAUGGACAACUUGGGGAUUGUGUGUGUGUGUGUGUGUGUGUGUGUGUUUGUGUGUCAGUUUGCUUAUAAUCUUUGUUGGCAGUGGUGAUGUGUAUUCUAUAUUUCGUUAAAUCCACCGUUCUCCAGCAAGACAGCCAAAGCUUUUAUAAAACUACCAUUCAAGCUUUAAAAUUUUACAUAUUUUUUUUUGUACUUAUCUUUGUUC